GGCGGCGGCGCGAGCGGCGGCGGCGGCGGUUCCAGCAUGAAGAGGAGAGCUGGCCUGGGGGGCAGCAUGAGGUCAGUGGUGGGCUUCUUGUCCCAGCGGGGCUUGCAUGGGGACCCCCUGCUCACUCAGGACUUUCAGAGGAGACGCCUGCGAGGCUGCAGAAACCUCUACAAGAAGGACCUCCUCGGCCACUUCGGUUGUGUCAAUGCCAUUGAAUUCUCCAACAAUGGAGGCCAGUGGCUGGUCUCAGGAGGAGAUGAUCGCCGGGUUCUACUAUGGCACAUGGAGCAAGCCAUCCACUCCAGAGUCAAACCCAUACAGCUGAAAGGAGAACAUCAUUCCAAUAUUUUUUGCCUGGCUUUCAACAGUGGGAACACCAAAGUAUUCUCAGGAGGAAAUGAUGAGCAAGUUAUUCUCCAUGAUGUUGAAAGCAGCGAGACCCUGGACGUGUUUGCCCAUGAAGAUGCAGUAUAUGGCUUGUCUGUGAGCCCAGUGAAUGACAACAUUUUUGCCAGCUCCUCAGAUGAUGGCCGGGUUCUCAUCUGGGACAUCCGGGAGUCUCCCCAUGGAGAGCCCUUCUGCCUGGCAAACUAUCCAUCAGCCUUUCACAGUGUCAUGUUUAAUCCUGUGGAACCCAGGUUACUGGCCACAGCUAAUUCAAAGGAAGGAGUGGGACUCUGGGAUAUUCGAAAACCUCAGAGUUCUCUCCUGCGCUAUGGUGGCAACCUCUCCCUCCAAAGCGCCAUGAGUGUGCGAUUCAACAGCAAUGGGACCCAGCUCUUGGCCCUGAGGCGUCGCCUGCCCCCUGUGCUGUAUGACAUCCACUCCCGCCUGCCUGUGUUCCAGUUUGACAAUCAGGGCUACUUCAACUCUUGCACCAUGAAAAGCUGCUGUUUUGCAGGAGAUCGUGACCAAUAUAUCCUUUCAGGCUCUGAUGAUUUCAACCUAUACAUGUGGAGAAUUCCUGCAGAUCCAGAAGCAGGUGGCAUUGGUAGGGUAGUCAACGGAGCCUUCAUGGUGCUGAAAGGGCAUCGGUCUAUUGUUAACCAGGUUCGAUUUAAUCCCCAUACCUACAUGAUCUGCUCUUCUGGUGUAGAAAAGAUUAUUAAGAUCUGGAGCCCAUACAAGCAGCCAGGAUGUACCGGAGACCUCGACGGUCGGAUCGAGGAUGAUUCCCGCUGCCUCUAUACCCAUGAAGAGUACAUUAGUCUGGUGCUGAAUAGUGGGAGUGGCCUGUCACAUGACUAUGCCAACCAGUCUGUCCAGGAAGACCCCCGGAUGAUGGCCUUCUUUGACUCCUUGGUGCGCCGCGAGAUCGAGGGCUGGAGCUCCGACUCAGACAGUGACCUCAGCGAGAGCACCAUCCUCCAGCUGCACGCCGGUGUCAGCGAGCGCUCCGGCUACACCGACUCAGAGUCCUCGGUCUCACUGCCCCGCUCCCCACCCCCCACAGUGGACGAAUCUACCGACAGCGCCUUCCACCUGGGGCCCCUGAGGGUCACCACCACAAACACAGUGGCAUCAACUCCGCCACCGCCCACAUGCGAGGAUGCAGCCUCUCGCCAGCAGCGCUUGUCUGCUCUGCGGCGCUACCAGGACAAGCGCCUCCUGGCCCUUUCCAAUGAGUCAGAUUCUGAAGAAAACACCUGCGAGGUUGAACUAGACACCGAUCUUUUCCCCCGGCCGCGAUCACCCAGCCCUGAAGAUGAGUCCAGCAGCUCCAGCAGCUCCAGCAGCUCCGAAGAUGAGGAGGAGUUGAAUGAACGUCGAGCUUCCACCCGGCAGCGGAAUGCCAUGCGGCGCCGACAGAAGGCACCCCGAGAAGAAAGGCCCAGUGCCCCACCCAAGCCCACCAACACCUACAUUGGAGAAGACAACUAUGAUUACCCCCAGAUCAAAGUGGAUGACCUCUCUUCCUCCCCUACCUCCUCCCCAGAGCGGGGCACUUCCACCUUGGAGAUUCAGCCGAGCCGGGCAUCGCCGACUUCUGACAUAGAGUCAGUGGAGCGAAAGAUUUAUAAAGCUUACAAGUGGCUCCGCUACUCCUAUAUAUCCUAUUCAAAUAACAGAGAUGGAGAGACCUCCCUAGUGUCUGGGGAGGCAGAUGAUGGGAGAGCAGGAACCAGCCAUAAGGACAGCCCAGCCCCUUCUUCCAGUGAGGAAGCUUGUCUAAACACAGCUAUGGUCCCGAGGAACCAGGACCUGCCCCCUGAAGGCCACAGCAAGGAUGCUUUUAAAGAAGGGACUUCUAGAAACUCUAGCAAUGGCCCAGGCCAUGACCAUGGCAGCCACCCUUGGGCAGAGGUGCCAGAGGGCACUUCUCAGGAAACUAACAAUGGUGGCUCUGUAGAACACUCUUUUGAAACCAAGAAGCUCAAUGGAAAAGCCCUGAGCAAGGCCUUGAGCAGCCGGGCUGAGGAGCCACCCUCUUCUCCUGUCCCCAAGGCCUCUGGCUCCACUCUCAGCAGUGGGCCUGGCAACUGUCCCAGGACCCAGUCCGACGACAACGAGGAGAGGAGCCUGGAAACCGUCUGUGCCAACCACAACAAUGGACGCUUGCACCCCCGUCCCCCUCACCCCCACAACAAUGGACAGAACUUUGGGGAGCUGGAGGUGGUGGCCUACUCCUCCCCAGGACAUUUGGACACUGACCAUGAUAACUUGUCUCUGACAGGGACACUCCUACACAAAGAUUGUUGUGGCUCUGAAAUGGCCUGUGAGACCCCCAAUGCUGGAACGAGAGAGGACCCCACUGAUCCUCCAACCACAGACAGCAGCAGGGGUAUUCAUGGCCACAGUGGCCUCAAAAGGCACCGAGUUGAUUUAGAAGAUGCAGAUUCAGAGAAUCCCUCCUCAGAGAAGAAAUUAAAAACAUGAUAAAUACAAAAGGGGAAAAAGAAGCUACAAAAAGUAGCCUUACAAAGAAAAAAUUCUGUUUAGUGAACACAGAGGAAAGGAUUUAAAAAAAAGUAUUAAAGGCGCAUAAAACCAGGGCCUGAAAUUUUGUGUCUGAUGCUGCUCCCUUCUAUUCAACAAUGGGUCUAAAUGGUUAGCUGGCCAUUGGCUUGUGCUGUGUUAAGAAAGGGACAAAAAAAAACCCAAGUGAUUCCUUUCUAGUAAGACUUGAGCAUAGCAUACCUGUGCCAGGUUCUGUUAAAGUAAAUCCUUGUUGAGACGUUUGACUUGUUCCUGUUUGUGUGUGUGCACUGACACACCUAAGUUUAGCCUCUCUGCCCAGCUGUCUCAUGAGACUUUUCUUUUACUUCUCCAUUGGAAAGGGUCUAUGGAUAUGUAGUUUUUCCAUCUCACCCUCUUUACAUGCAUAGGUGUUCUCGUCGUGAUGAUGAGUGCCUGCUAAAUUAGGGUUGUGCUGCCAGUGAGUUGUGGAUUAGUUGUGCCAGAAGAAAGGAGAGGAGAAUGGAAACAGGCCUCCAGCCCCUUUGCUGUACUAGAGAGGAAAGCAUGGUUGCUUUCUUAAAGAAAUCUUCCAUGUUUUCUCUAAGUUGCACUUCUUCAUUGAGUAUUUAAUGUGGACAUACUAAAAGUGGAGCAUUUUUAAUGCUAAUGGGAGAUUAGCAUGAUAAGAUCUUAGUCACAUAAGAUCAGAUCCCUGAUAAAUUUCACUGUUUGCAAAAUGAAUAAAGCUGCAACACAUACUGUAUGGAGGCCAUAAAAUAUAACUAGUUGUGGUAACACACUUUAACCAGUUAGGUGCUAGUUCCUAAGAGGCACUCAAAAGGCUAGCAGGUGCUUCCUGACCCCUUGUGAUGGAGUCUAGACAUAUUGAAAGAAAAAGACAGCUCUCAAGAGCUUUGUGCUUAAACUACUAAAGUGAAUGUUUAUAGGUGGGUUAAUGAAAAAGUGUAGUGAAGAGGAGAGGGUGGUACUAUAUUCACCCCAAAACCAUUGGUCAGAAUUGGCAGGACUGGCAUCUUUUCUCAGGCUUGCAACUGAUAGAGGCUGUGGUGUUCUUGCAGAGCAGGAGGCAUCUCGAAGUUAGCCGAUUACCGAGACAGUCUGUCGGGAGGCAGAGGGUGUCUGGAGAGGAAUGGCUGGCUUAAGACUCGGGGCUCCCAGAAGAGACCCAGUUGCAUUGAGAUGAUUGAGAAAGGAAAAGACCAAGAGAUUUUCAGUGUUGAAGUGGUGUUUACAGUCACCUGGGUAUCAGUGAAGGGUUGUGCAAGACAGGAGGACCUAGGAAUGACCGUCGGGUAUCUUAUUGGAAUAGAUGUCAGGAAAAGGCAGGAGAGUAUUGAGCUAUGAGGAAGAAAGAGAGAAGAGCAAUACAACUUUCUUGAGUGCAAAGGUGCUAGAAAACCAGGCAUCCGGCUGGAACUGGCAUAGGGAGGACCUAAUGUGUGAUGGAUGUGGCCUCACUGACCUGGCCCUCCUUUUAGAGAAGGACCUGCCCUGCUGGAACUGGGACCCAGGGAGACAGCCUGUGGAGGACAAAGACUUGGAGGGAUUCAGGCACUGGGGGAAAGGGGAUUAUUCAUAAAAGGAAGGUGGUUGACCUAAGCCAAAAGGAGAUAUUAUCUUGCUAAGUUUUUGCAAAAGGAAAGAUGUGCCUGUUAUGUGUGAUGUGAUUUGAGUGUGAAAACACUUUCCUGGAAGGAGAUGUUUUCUGUCAGCAGUGUGAGUAGCAGUGGGGGUGCUUACAACUGUAAUCUUAUUAGGGCAAUGGGAAAGUGAUUCUGUAACCAACAUUAGAAUUACUUUGGAUUUGUAAUCAAAAUGGUUCUAUGAUUUGUCUUUGACUAUUCACAGAUAAUUGUAAAUUCUGGUUUUAUAAGCCCAAGGCAUUUUACAUUUGCUUUUCCAAAAUUUAUUAAAUUGGAAUUUUUUAAUCCUUUGUAUACAAAAACAAGUUACACUCAGUGUGUGUUUCUCUUCCCCUUCCUAGUCAGCAUAUCAGUCGUGUAAUUUAAUCUAAUCAGUAGGAAACCAAUUCUGAAUUCUCUAAGGACCAUUCACAUACCUUCUGGGGAAAAAGAAGCAGGUUAAAGUUUUCUUGGGAACCAACUGCUUGGUGGUUACAGUUCCCAAAUGCAGAACUUGGUCUUUUCACGUUAAAAGCCUUAAUCUCAUUUUGGUACCCAAAAGGGAAGUCAAGGUUCAUUCUGGUUAACUUUUGAGUCCAAGAAAGAUCAUUUUUAGCAAGGAUGGCCUUCCAUCCUUGGGAGUGACUUCCCAGCAUCCCAAAUUAAGCUUGCCAGGAGAUAGAUAGGCACCACAAGAAGCAAGCUGAGAAAUGCUGAUCUCCCUAGCCACUCCACCCUCAUUUCUGGAGAUGUGUCCAAGGUCCUGGAAACCUGGCAGGAACCACUUCCAAAGUCCCUGCUUCUAAACCCUUGUAGAUUUGAGACCCCAACUUUAGAGACACAUUUAAUCCCCAAAUUCUUUGAUGAUAGGUAUUUUUACCAGCAAGGCAGAUGGCACUGAUUAGAUUAAGAACUAUUUGAAUGUGCCUCAGAUGCUUUCUCUGCAUCCUUAUGUAAAGUAUAAAGUGAUUGGUCCAGUUAUGUAAAACCGUUUCUUUCCAAUUUAUUUUCCACCUGGUUUUGUAAGCAAUACUUGUGUCUCUAGGACAGCAGGUAAACGAGCUGUUUGUUGGCUUGGGGCGAAUGAAGAUUGCAACUGUGCUUGAUUUAAUUAGCUGAGAGUCUCGUGUUUGUUUGUCAAGGUGCCUUCCUCUGCUGAAGCCUUACUCCCUCACAAGCCCUGCCUCUUCUCGCCCAGCAGUGGUUAACUCUUCUCUUGUGUAUAUGCAAAUAAACCUAUUAUUCACUUCUCA